UGACAACUGAGAAUUGGUUUAAAAAAUCAGAGCUUGAUUACAGUGGAUUCAAAAGAGGAAGAGAGGAAGAAUUUGGGACAGCCUCACCGUGUGGAUGCCUCCAGGGCAGAACCAAAGUUGGGUUUCUGAAUUAAUUCUGCUUGGCUUCUCCAGUGACCCCACAUCCAAAAGAGUCCUCUUCAUUGCCUUCCUUCUCCUUUACCUGAGCUCAGUCCUGGGCAAUGCGCUCAUCAUCACCCUGAUCUGUCUGGACAUGCAGCUCCUCACGCCCAUGUACUUCUUCCUCUGCAUCCUCUCCCUGCUAGAUAUGAGCUGUGUCACCACCACCACCAUGCUCCAGAUGUUAGUGCAUCUCCUCCUUCACUCUCAGACCAUCUCCUUCGCUGGCUGUUGGCUGCAGCUAUAUGUGUUUGGUGCCCUGGGCCUACCUGAGUGUAUUUUCUUCAUAGUUAUGGCUUAUGACCGAUGUGUGGCCAUCUGCCACCCACUGCAUUAUAUCAUCCUCAGCUGGGACCUCUGCACAUAGCUGACAGCUGGGACCUGGGCCUGUGGUUUCUUCUUCUCUCUGAUCCAUACAUUCCUCACCAUAAGGCUGCCAUACUGUGGGCCCAACGUGGUGAACCACUACUUCUGUGAAGGCCCCUCAGUACAAAACUUGGCUUGCAUGGAUAUCAAUCUCAUUGAGAUGGUGGACCUGGUCAUCAGUGUCUUCAUGGUUGUUGUCCCGCUAUCCCUCAUUCUGGCCUCCUACCUCCGUACUGGCCAGAUCAUUCUCAAGAUCAAGUCCACUCAGGGCUGCUGCAAGACUUUCUCCACCGGUGCUUCCCACCUGAAUGUGGUCACAUUCUUCUAUGCUCCAGCCGCGUACAUCUACAUGAGGCCCAACUCCGGCUCUUCUCCUGAGCGGGACAAGCAGAUCUCACGCUUUUACAAUGUCUUCACUGCCUUCUUCAACCCUGUGGUCUACAGUCUGAGGAACAAGGACAUCAAGGGGGCUUUUCUCAAAGUGAUGGGGUGGGGAAGGGUGGCCUGGUGA